UCAUCUGAACUGAACAGCACCGAGGAAGAAGAAAAUACAGUCACAGGUCACCGGUAUCCCGAGAAGUAGGAGGAGAAAGCCGGCUGGAAGCUUGCCUUUAGCUUUUACAUUGACAUAUGAUCUCGGUUAACAUCUGAGAUCUACCUUCAUUAUUUUCUUUAGUUAAAACAGAUCAUCAUGGCCAAGAAGAGAGGCGGAAACCGUGAGACAGAGAGCAGUCCGCUGGUAGAGCAGGAACCGAGGCCCUCCAAAGAAACUCCAGUCCUCAAAGGUAAUUCAGACGGAGCCCAGUCACCAGGAGGAGCCUCUGCACGCAUGUCAAUCCUCCUCCUCAUCACUAUCUUUGCCUGUUCUGCUUGUGUCAUGUAUCUGGUGUUCAGAAAUUUCCCAGAAAUGAGCGAAGAUGAGAAAGAAAAAAUCAAAAUUCCUAAAGACAUGGAUGAUGCCAAGGCAUUGGGCACAGUACUGUCCAAAUACAAGGACACAUAUUACGCCCAAGUGCUUUUAGCAUACUUUGCUACAUAUAUCUUCCUUCAGACGUUUGCCAUCCCAGGCUCCAUAUUUCUCAGUAUACUAUCUGGAUAUCUUUACCCUUUUCCGUUAGCUCUCUUCCUGGUCUGUCUGUGUUCAGGCCUUGGAGCAUCUUUUUGCUAUAUGUUGUCUUAUUUAGUCGGGAGGCCGAUGGUGUACAAGUACCUCACAGAAAGAGCUCAGAAAUGGUCACAACAGGUGGACAAGCACAGAGAGCACCUCAUUAAUUACAUCAUUUUUUUGAGAAUAACUCCUUUCCUUCCAAACUGGUUCAUCAACAUCACCUCACCCGUCAUUAAUGUGCCUCUGGGUGUCUUCUUCCUGGGCACCUUUCUUGGAGUGGCCCCUCCAUCCUUCGUAGCGAUAAACGCAGGGACGACGCUGUACAAACUGACCACAGCUGGUGAAGCCGUGUCCUGGAACUCUCUUCUUGUGUUGGGGGUUUUAGCUGUUGUUUCCAUCCUUCCCGUCUGCUUUCAGAAGAAACUCCAGCAGAAACUUGAGUAGAGAUCACCACCCCUGCUUGAUUCAACUCAGGAAUGAUACUGGUCCUCUAAACUUCUCCUUGCUUUCUUCUCUUCUUAUAUGCAUGUACAACAAACCCUCGUUUCAUCACAGUGGGCAGCCAGUGGCUGUCAGGACUGGCCUUCCAUUGUUUCGACAGUACUUUCGUGGAAUGAAAAAUUCUGUCAUGACCGAAUCCCUCUAGCGUUAAGCAAUAUUUUCCACAUCAAUGUCUUCAGUGGCUUUUCAAUUUCUCAAUAUUUUCCACAAAACGGUAAUGAUUUAUGUGAGGUACACUGGAAGAGACAUAUUUAUUUUCACUUCCUCUGAAGUUGCUGAGCUAAAAUGGAAAGUGCCAACUGCAACCUUUUUCAGUCUUACGGCUUAUUUAAUAUUCAAAUGUGUUUGAGAGUGAGGUAUUACAUGCAUCAGAAACCUUUCGAGGGUGAGAUUUUCUGCUUUUCUUUUUUUUAUUUCUCAUGCCAGCUGAGACUGCAGUGGGGAUCUGAAUGGACGAUCUCCUAACAGUGCCCUGUGUACUGCUGCUAACUGUAGAUGAUAGUGCUUAGCUCUUGUUAUAGACUUAAUUUUCCCCCAAAAACUGAUAAACAUGGAUGAUGCCACAUUAGUAUUACAGAUCAAGACUGUAGAAUGCAUAUAGAUAGGUCCUGCCUUAAUACAACUGGUUACUUGAAGUAAAAGAAAUGGAGCGAAUAUCCUGAUGUCACACAUACUGAACCAUUAACACCUAUUUUAGCAUUUCGAACUAUUUUACUUUCUUUAUAUUUGGAUGCAACUUUUAGAAGUAAUCAAAAUGCCAAAUUACUGAUUAUUGAUUAGAUAGUAAUUUAAGUUGUAUGAUGUGUUUUGUUUAUCAUUUUUGUUUUAGCCAUGUGACAGAGGGAAGUAUUAAAUUCUAGAUAUUUAGGAGAUUUGUAACUUUCACAGCUGGAUUCCUGGACCUAGUCAAGCCACUGUAAACGAUUUUAAAUUAAAUAUAUCUAUUUAAAGAAAUAGUUCACCUAAAAAUGUAAAUUUGCUGAAAAUUCCCUCAUCCUCACGCCAUCAAAGAUGUAGAUGAUUUUGUUUCUUAAUCUGAGCAGAUUUGGAGAAAUUUAUCAUUACAUCACUUGCUCACCAAUGGAUCCUUUGCAGUGAAUGGGUGCUGUCAGAAUUAAAGUCCAAACAGCUGAUGAAAACAUCACUACAAACCAGGAGUAAUCCACAUGAAUCCAGUCCAUCAAUUAACAUCUUGUAAAGUGAAAAUCUGCGUGUUUUUAAGAAACAAAUGUAUUGUUAACACUGGAGGAAGCAUUAUGAUGUAUUAUGGACUGGUAUUUUGGUCAUAACCGAUGGUUUAAAGUUAAAAUGCCUGAAAAUUAUGAAAUUGUUUAUUACAAACAUGCAGAUUUUCACUUUAUAAGAUGUUAUUUGAUGAACUGGAGUUGUGUGGAUUAUUGUAGAUUAUUGUGAUGUUUUUAUCAGCUUGCUUGGACUCUGACGGCACCCAUACAUUGCAGAGGGUUGAUUGAUGCUAAUUUAGUGAUGCUCAAUUUCUCCAAAUUUGUUGCAGUGAAGAAACAAACUCCUCUACAUCUUGGAUGGCCUGAGGGUGAGUAAUUGUCAUUUUUUGUGUGAAGAAUUCAAUUAAUUGAUGGAACUUAGUAGAACUUUAUGCAGUUAAAAUUGCCUUUCGGCAAAACAAAUCAGUCUUAAAAAUGUCUUACGUUUUGUCUAAUAGCUACAAUACUGUUUGCAGUUCUUUCUGAAUACCUGAAUAGUCUUUAAACCUUCAAUAUACUCGUUUCCUGACUGCGUUUGUUUUCUGUUGGGAAAUGGAAUCGACAAUAUGUGCAAGGGGAUACAUCACGGUUGGCACUGAAAUUUCUCUUAAGUUGAAGGGUGUGAUGAGAGAUGGUUCUUAGUCCAGAUUUCAUUACCCUGUUACCUCAUUUGAGUUGAUCUCUAAUGUUGCAUUAAUUUAUAUCUGCAGUUUUUAUUUGAAUGUCUCCUGUAAAUGUCUAAAUGUUCUCAGCAGCUCUUGACUUAACAUGGAUGGCACUAAACAGAGAGAGCGGAUGUGAGUUUCAAUCCUCAGCAAACUGUUUAAGAUGAAUAGUGUGUUGAUAUACCCUCUCUGACCCGUUUAUAAGUGACUAAGUUGUACUCAUCCUGAUUUGUUUCUAGCAGCAUAUUUUUACAGAACUCUUUAUCAAUAAAUUAAGGUUACUGGUUACAGUAUUACAUAAGAUUUAAUUGACAAUGUAUUGUCGCGUCCUGUAUUUUAAAAAUCUAUUCAUUUAUGUUAGUCCAUCUUGAAACAUGAUCUAUUUAUUAUGACAUGAUUAAAUACAUGAGUAACAUUUG